AUGAGCCACUCACUAUGGAAGGCCAUCAAGAAGGACGGAGAGAUUCUAGCGUCGAGUGAAAUCCCAAAGUUCGUAAUGGCCAAUGGUCAAGAGAACAAGGCUCUUGGGAAAGCCACCUUGCUCUUUUGUCUCCACGAUUUCCAUGGCAUGCUCGGAGUCCACGUUCUUGCUGACGACAACCUCUGCAUGCCACUUCUCUUGGGACUCGACUUUAUGUCCAUGUGCCAAGUAACUCUGAAGCCACAUUGUAGACGUUACAUAAUGCCGGGUGGCAAAGAGUACGCGUUUCUCCCCAAGGAGAUUGCUAAGGCCCAAGAGGCGGACCCUUCCUGUCAAGAGCUCGGGCCGUCUGACCGCCAAGCAAGCCCGGGUCGCAUCCAUUACCAACUCCAACAGGACGUGUGGUACAGAGGCGUACCUUCCAAGUACGGAGGUUUUAAUUACCAAGUGGUGGUUCCGGCCGCGUUGAAUUAA